CAAGCUCCCACUGGCAGCACUGCAACGGGUAGGCCAAUCAGGGGAAGCGGGUACUGCCUGGGCCCCUAGCUCGGCAAUGGAGCUCCAGUCCCUCUGCCUGCAGGCGGGUUGGGGGUCCCGGACAGCUCACCCCAAACACACCGACUCUCCUAUUAUUGACUUGACCUGCCUCGACUUUCCCCUUUGGCUUCGAGACUGCACGACCGCAUCUCUUUCAACCCUCCCUCCCUCGAAACCUCGCCCUCGAUCCUUGACAGUGCUGCACCCUCACAGCCAUAAUAUCCCAUAUUCCAGAGUCAAAAGCAACCGCAAACAUGGAUGAGAUUGCUAAGGAGUACGAUGUCAUUGUGCUGGGCACAGGUCUGACCGAAUGCAUUCUCUCCGGUGUGCUCAGUGUCAAGGGCAAGAAGGUCCUGCACAUCGACCGCAACGACCACUAUGGCGGUGAGGCUGCCUCUGUCAACCUCGAGACUCUCUUCAAGAAGUACGGCAACUACAGCCAAGGCGACGAGCCAUGGAAGAAAUACGGCCGCCCCAACGACUGGAACAUCGACCUGAUCCCCAAGCUGCUCAUGUCCUCCGGCGAGUUGACCAACAUCCUCGUGUCCACCGACGUCACCAGAUACCUCGAGUUCAAGCAGGUUGCAGGCAGCUACGUGCAACAGGGUAACGGGCCCAAGGCCACUGUCGCCAAGGUCCCAUCAGAUGCCGGCGAGGCCCUCAAGUCACCCCUUAUGGGCAUCUUCGAGAAACGCCGCAUGAAGAGCUUCAUCGAGUGGGUCGGCAGCUUCGAUGUCAAGGACCCCUCCACGCACAAGGGUCUUGACAUGAGCACAUGCACGAUGAAGGAUGUGUUUGACAAGUUCGGCCUCGAGGAUGGCACCAAGGAUUUCAUCGGCCAUGCCAUGGCCCUGUACCUCGACGACGCAUACGCCACCGCCAAGGGCAACGCUCCCGAGGCCAUCGAGCGCAUCCGCCUGUACGGUAACUCGGUGGCCCGAUACGGAAAGUCCCCCUACAUCUACCCACUGUACGGACUCGGCGAGCUGCCCCAGGGCUUUGCCCGUCUGUCUGCCAUCUACGGCGGUACCUACAUGCUGAACACCAGCGUUGACGAGGUGCUGUACGAGGGUGACGCGGCCGUUGGCAUCAAGGCCACAAUGUCCGGCAUUGAGCCAGAGAUGAAGUUCGAGACAAAGGCCAAGAUGAUCCUGGGCGACCCAUCAUACUUCCCCAACAAGGUCAAGGUCACGGGCCAUGUGCUGCGUGCCAUCUGCGUGCUCAAGCACCCCUUGGCCGGCACCAACGACGCCGACUCCGCACAGCUGAUCAUCCCCCAGUCCCAGGUCGGCAGGAAGAACGACAUCUACAUUGCCUGCGUCUCUUCCGCACACAACGUCUGCCCCAAGGGCUACUGGAUUGCCAUCGUCUCCACCAUCGCGGAGACAUCCGCAAACCACCACCUGGAGCUCCAGCCCGGUCUGGAGCGCCUCGGCAAGAUCGAGGAGCAGUUCCUGGGAGCCCCCAUCCCCCUGUACGAGCCCCUGGAGAACGGCACCAAGGAUAAGAUCUUCAUCUCUAAGAGCUACGACGCCACGAGCCACUUUGAGACCACAACCGACGACGUCAAGGACAUCUACCGCCGGUGCGCGGGCGAGGAGCUUAAGGUGGAGGGCCUGCGGGAGGGUAUCCAGGUUGCUGAGGAGUAAAGGAGGAGCGGCAGGUAGCAACUGGAGGGGAUUGAGUGGGAAACACACGCUUGUGGGCUCAAACUGUCUGACAGGGCCGGGUUUAAGGCCGAGUUCAUUUCCAGUAGUGAGAGGGCGUAUAGCAGACACGAUGGUUCCGUGCACUAAAGCAACCAACAAAUGAAAGGGCCUUUUUUUGAA